AUGGCGACCUUCGCGCCCACGGAGUGCCCGAUCAGUGUCGGUGAGGUCAUCUUUACCACUCUCAGCGGCAUGCUCCCUUUCGGCAAAUACAACGUGAGAAUACUCAGCAUGGUGCCAUGGCCGUACAUUCAGCAGUUGUACACAGCGCGACUUGAAUACUUGGAGUAUGCCAGACAGGCACUGGCGAAACGUUAUCAGGAUAACCGUUGCCGAAUGCCACUUGGUGGCAAGCAGAGUCAAGACAUCAUGCAGCGCUUCAUCGAGGCACAGCACCCAAAACCUGGCGGACGAAUGGACGUUCCAGAGCUCAGAGCUCAGGCCUCUUCGUUGAUGGUUGCUGGGGCCAGCACAGGGAGCAUUACCAUGAACUGGAUGACUUAUUAUUUCAGCAAGAACCCAUCGGUGAAGAAUCGCAUCAUUCAUCAGCUCGACGAGAUGUUCCCGGACAACUUGGACGCCGGGACUCCUCUCCCUUCUCGAUGUUGA